CGCCAGCGCGUGUGUCGAAAUGGAUCAGAAUGCAAACCUGCAUCGAGACCCAGACGGGAAGUCUUCGUGCGCCACGAUUGCGGAUAAAAUGGUCGACGUUCCCGAUGUAGGUGGAGUGAAAGGAGGCGCCGACAAAUGCAAGAGUAGUGAGGCUCCUGCUCUCUGCGUUGGUUGCGAUCCCAGCAGCGCCGCUCGUGCUGGUUCUCCGAGCCUCGAUGUUCCGCUCAGUACCGACAAGUCUGACGUGCCGGAGGUCAUCGAAGCCCCCCCUGUGCACCAGGAGCACAUGGGGGACAUGGGCACGGACCCGCCGGAUCCGAUGAGUAACGGGAUGGGGCAGGAGUCGGUGCUGUCAGCAGGAGACAGCCAGGGAGGUGCCUCAAACUUAGUAAACAACAAAACCCGCGACGAGCCGUCCUCACCUCCCGCCACACGAAGCCCAGAUGCGCGUGGACAAAUUGAACCGACGAAACCUGCCAAACCCACUCACCUGUGUCCGGACGGUGGAAGCGAGGCAGACGUCAAACCGGGGACGUCAGGUAAUCACACCUUGUCUGAGGUGUUGCGGAGCGCGAGCGACCCGGAGCCCAGCCUCGGUGUCGAGUCCCGGAGCAUCGAUUCCCUGGAGUCCUUCUCCAACCUGAACUCGUGUCCCAGCUCCGAGGGUCUGGAGGACCGGGGUCUGGCCUUGGCCCUGCACAACGAGUACAGCUCGGAUGGCACAAAGACUUCGUGCGCCAAGGACCGGGCCGCCGGCCAGUCCAUAUACCACAUCAAGUGGAUCAAAUGGAGAGAAGAGAGCACCCCCAUCAUCACCCAGAACGAGAACGGGCCCUGUCCCUUACUGGCGAUCAUGAACGUCCUUCUGCUCGCAUGGAAGGUCAAGAUUCCACCCAUGAUGGAAAUCAUAACCGCUGAGCAGCUGAUGGAGUAUCUUGGUGACUACAUUUUGGAAACCAAACCAAAAGAGAUCUCCGAGGCUCAGCGGUUAAACUACGAGCAGAACAUGAGUGACGCCAUGGCAGUGUUGCACAAGCUGCAGACGGGCCUGGAUGUGAACGUGAAGUUCACAGGCGUGCGAGUCUUUGAGUACACCCCAGAAUGCAUCGUGUUUGAUCUGCUCGACAUCCCUCUUUACCACGGCUGGCUUGUUGACCCCCAGAUGCAGGACAUUGUCAAGGCAGUGGGCAACUGCAGCUACAACCAGCUGGUGGAGAAGAUAAUAUCCUGCAAACAGUCGGACAACAGCGAGCUGGCGGGCGAAGGCAUGGUGGCGGAGCAGUUUCUGAACAGCACAGCCACUCAGCUCACGUACCACGGCUUAUGUGAGCUCACGUCCACCGUACAGGAAGGGGAACUCUGCGUGUUUUUCAGGAACAACCACUUCAGCACCAUGAUCAAAUACAAGGGCCAGCUGUACCUUCUAGUUACAGACCUGGGUUUCCUGACCGAGGAGAAAGUCAUCUGGGAGAGUCUGCACAACGUUGACGGAGAUGGAAACUUCUGUGAUUCGGAGUUCCGGUUGCGACCCCCUUCCGAUCCAGAGACCGUGUACUGUGGCCAGCAGGAUCAGAUAGACCAGGACUAUCUGAUGGCGCUGUCGCUGCAGCAGGAGCAGCAAAGCCAGGACCUGCAGUGGGAGCAACUCCCUGAAGGCAUCAGUGACCUGGAGCUGGCCAAGAAGCUUCAGGAGGAGGAGGACCGACGAGCCUCCCAGUACUACCAGGAGCAAGAGCAGGAGCAAGCAGCCGCUGCAGCAGCAGCAGCGCAGGACGAUGUGGAAGGAGGAGAGGCGAGCAGAGGAGCAGCAGGAGCAGCAGCGGGCGCUGGGACUGCAGCAGCAGCUGGAGCCGCCCCCAGCCCGGGGAAACAGCCGUCAGGUGGGGAGCGCAAAGCCAAGAAAGAAUCAAAAGAUAAAGACAAAUGUGUUAUUUUGUAACACACAGCGUGCCUGUGUGAGCGCGUGACUUGUGUUAAUCUGUGUAAACGGAGAGCGCGUUUGUUUCUGCGUGGACUGAACGCACGACGUGCAGCCCCCGUUGGACGAGAAACAAGGGAAGGAGGAUCGGCUGUUUCCAAACCACUGGUGCCUGCUAUCCUCUAUUCUCAGUGGAACCUGAACACCACAGGAAGGGACACUACAAUAAAAACUACGACCCCUGGGUUUUUUUUUUUUUUUUUUUCCAAAUUCAGCCAAACUUUGUUACAAGUUGCUCACCGCACUAUAUUUGUGAUGUGUGGUGAGAUUUAACUGGGAUGGCGCAUUUUAUACAAGACAUCUAAUGACACCUUCCUCAUUUCCAUUUCGUUUGUCACUCAAGCAGCUUAUAAGCUUUUUGUACGCGUCAAUAUUUACAAAACAUCCACUUUUUUAUCAGCCGUAGAUGCCAAGAUUCAUUAUUUAUGUUACAGUUUAA